GGUUGACCUUCAGCGGUGAACCCAGUGUGCCAUGCUGUGCACAGUGUGUGGCUGACUUGCGGGAACAUUCCUCUGCUUCAGAUACGAUCCUGCUGGAUGCAGACUCAUCCCAAGCAGUGGCGGACAAUGGGUCUGAGGAGAAGGUUGAUGUGGGCCAGACCCCUCAUGCUGAACUGACGUUGUCAGGCGAUGGAAGUGAAGACCAGGAAGCUGACGACGAUGCCCAGAGUGGAAGCGGAGAUGACGAGCCGGAGGUGAUUGUGCCUAUGGAGGGGAGAGCAACCGUUUUGCCAAGGAAUCCUGAAGGUGAUGACUUGUCCUCGGUGAAGUCCAUGAUGUCGACGGUGAUGAGCGUGGGAAGCCUGAGUGCGGAGGUGGGCAAGUCUGCAAGUGAGAAGAGCCCCACGAAGAUCGCUGCCUCUACACGGAAAAUCAAGCAGGAAACCAAAGAAGAGAAGUCUUCCUUCAUCUGCCCAUUAUGUGGGAAGAACUGUGGGACCCAGCACCAAUUAACUAUGCACAUUCGACAGCACAACACAGACAAUGGAGGGAACAACCAUUCCUGCAGCAUCUGCGGCAAAUCGCUGAGCUCAGCCAGUUCACUAGAUCGACACAUGCUGGUCCAUUCUGGGGAGCGGCCCUACACCUGCUCGAUCUGCCAGCAAGCCUUUACCACCAAUGGUAACAUGCACAGGCACAUGAAGAUCCAUGAGAAGGAGCCUGCACUCACCGGGACCUCAAGCCCUCCGUCACCCAGCAAGCGCCGAAGACUCUCGGUCAAGAGGAAACUGAGCCAGGAGGAAGGUGACUCGAAGGAGGAAGAGUCUCCCAGCAAAAAGAUUAUCCAAGACGAUGCCUCUGAGACAGAGGAAGAGAAGAAGGGCGAGGAGAUUCUGCACUGCCCUGUGUGUCUCAAGACUUUCAUCUGCAAGUACGGCCUGGAGUCCCACAUGGAGACGCACCCUGACUCCAGCUUGAGGUGCAGUCUCUGCUGCAUUUCCUUUAAGACCCACCGUGGUUUACUCCGACAUAACGCCAUGAUUCACAAGCAGCUUCCAACAGAUGUUUCCGGAAAACCUUACAUCCAGAACAAUCCCACCAUUCCAGUGGGCUUCCAUGACCUUGGAUUCAUCGACUUCUCCUGCAAGAAGUUCCCCCUCAUUUCCCAGAUGUGGUCGGAGGUCAACCUGCGGCGGUGCACCAGCAAGUUCCAUCGCUUUGUCUGCGACAUAUGUAACAAGGCCUUCCCGAUGCUCGCUGCCCUCAGCCUGCACAUGAAGACCCACCAGGCCCCGCUGGAGGAGGGGCACACCAGGCCCGAGCUCCCGUGGGCAGCCAAGGCUGACGCUGAGCAGAGAACCUUCAUGGCCUCCUUGGGCCUGCUUCACGCCAAAGAGGCUCAGGAGGAGAGCACCGAAUUCGACAUCCAAAACAUUUGGGUGGAGUCACCCCACUGGAAUCUACCUCAAGAAGCCAACUGCACCUCCGCGAUGAGCCAGUCCGCCUUGGACCUAGCCUCCUUGGGAGCCACCCUCUCCUCGCUUUCUCCACACCAGGACAAGGUCAAGAUCUUGUCCUUGCAACCAUUCCAGAAGGGUUUUAUAAUCCAGCCCGACAGCAGCAUCGUGGUGAAGCCCAUCUCUAGCGAGUCUGCCAAAGAGCUGGCCGACAUCCACCAGAUUCUCAAGAUGGCCUCCUCAGCCCCCUCUCAGAUCAGCCUCCCUCCACUGUCCAAGGCACCUUCCAUCUCCACCCAGACCAAUUACAAACAGAUGCCUCCACUGAAGCCAAAGCCCCUGGUCCCACCAUGUACUUUGGUGGUAACUUCCACACCCACCUCGCUGAUGAGUACCCAGCAGGCUUCCCCUGGGCACCACACCCCCAGCUUCCCCCCACCUCCUCUGAGGCUGGUGAAAUCAUCGACUGAGCCUGCCUCCAGGCCCCAGGACCUUAAGCUGAAGUCCACCAAUGGGAGCCAGCCCUUCAUCCAACCCAAAAUCGAACCCUUGAGCCCCACGGAGAUGAAGAGCCAGCAGGAGCAGGACACUCUCAUCGAGGCGUUGAUCCCCACCGAGAUCAAUGGGGCCAUCAAGCAGGAAGUGCUGGACGGGAACUUCAAAGUCAUGAUGGCUGGAAUGUCAAGCAAGAAGGGGACGGCACUGAAGAAGGUUUUGUACCCUUGCCGCUUCUGUGACCAGGUCUUCGCUUUCUCUGGGGUCCUCAAGGCUCAUAUCCGCUCACACCUAGGCAUCUCCCCGUACCAGUGCAACAUCUGCACUUACAUUGCGGCUGACAAGGCGGCCCUGAUCCGGCACCUGAGAACGCACAGCGGGGAGCGGCCGUUUGUCUGUAAGAUCUGCCACUACCCCUUCACGGUGAAGGCCAACUGCGAGAGGCACCUGCGCAAGAAGCACCUGAAGGUGAGCCGGAAGGACAUUGAGAAGAAUAUCGAGUACGCAGAGUGCCGAGCCGGGGCACUGGCUGACUCCUUCCGCUCCCCCGACACCGUUUGCAAGUACUGUGGCGAAGACCUGAAGUACUACCGGGCCCUCCGGCACCAUCUCAGAACCCACAGCAGCUCACAGAAGAAACCCUUCGAGUGCAAGGAGUGCAGCGUGGGCUUCUCCACCAAGAAUAACUGUAUCCGCCACAUCCUCAAGCAGCAUAGCCACGUGGAGGAGAAAGAGAUCGAGCAGCACAUCCGAUUUGUGGACUGCCUACUGGGCGAAAACGGCACCAUGUCCCCAACUCUGUCCGAGGACAACUUCUCUGCAGGAGGCUCCCCGCUCUCGUAUCGGGAGUCCCAGAACGGCUUCCUGCAUGGUCUGAUCCCACAGACGUCCAUAAAGAUGGAGCCACUCGGCAUCUUCUCCGUGCAUUCAGAGGAGCCGCUGGAUUUUUCUCAGAAGAGCAGGCAGGCAAUGCUGCCCUCGUACAGACAAGAGAGUCACUUGCUCAAGAGGUUGGCCACACCAGCUGCUUGCUACGACAGUAGCAUGGAGCCCAUCGAUCUGUCCGUGCCCAAAAACCCAGGCAAGGAGCAGCGCACCGCCACGAGGGAGGUACAGGAUGAGCGGUCCGCAGACACGAGCAGCCAACAGCAUCCUCCUGCCCUCCAGCCGAAGGUCGUCCCCAAGCUUCUGCAGAGCGUGGUCUCUGCCCCCAACCCAGUGGCUUUCCCGGCCGUGGUGGCCAGCAGCGCCCUGCGCCCACUGCGGCCCAAGCCCACACCCCCCUUGCUGCUGCCCAAGACGGUGACAGAUAAAGAGCUCCCACCCCUGGCGUCCAUAGCCCAGAUCAUCUCCUCCGUCUCCUCUGCUCCCACGUUGCUGAAGAGGGAGGCGGCGCCCUCCACCGAGGCUGCAGCCAAAUCCCCGUCCCAGCAGGCGGACGAGGCCAAGGAUGGAACUCUGGCCAAAGUGCCUCCUCACGCAGAGCCCAGCGCCGCACAGCCCUCGGCCAGACCCCCCUUUGGUGGGUUCGUCCCCGGCAAGAGGAGGGGCAGGAGGAGGAGCAUCAAGCUGAAGAAGUUCCGGCCUUGCACGGAGCCCGAGUCUGGUGGGGAGUUCGCCAGCGUGGAGAAGAUGCUGGUCACCACAGACACCAACAGGUUCAGCCUCUUCCUUCAGUCUGCCACAGUGAAGGAGGAGAAAAGCCCAGAGCCAAAGGAAAAGAGGGGAGUCAAGAUCCUGAAAGGGAAGAAGAACUCCUACUCCAACUCCGUGCAGAAAAUCACCUGCCCUUACUGCCCUCGAUUGUUCCCGUGGGCGAGUUCCCUACAGCGCCAUAUGUUGACACACACAGGUCAGAAGCCAUACCCAUGCCCCAAAUGUGAUGCGUUCUUUUCCACUAAAUCUAACUGUGAACGCCACCUCUUGCGCAAACAUGGUGUUGCCAACCGAUCCCUGCGAAGGAACGGGCUGCUUGUCAGAUCCAAAUCAGCCAAAACAGUGGCCCAGGAGAGUACAGGUGGCCGCCCGGGCCCCCAGGAGGGGCAGUCAGGACAGCGAGAAUCGCCGGAAGGAGCCCCAAGCUGCAGUUCUGCAGAGGAGCUGCAGGAGAAGGGCUCACUGGACGAGGGAGAUGACAGGAAGGAACGAGGCAAGGGAGGCGAGGCGGAGGAAGACGAAGAGGGCGAGGAGGAUGCACAGAGCAACCAGAGCCUGGACCUCAACUUCGCCAGCAAGCUAAUAGACUUUAAGCUGGGCCAAAGUGCGAAUGGGGACCCUGGCGCACAGCGAGAGGGCAGGAACAGCUGCGGCAGCUGCGGGAAGAGCUUUAAGUACGCAGCCACGCUGCUGCGUCACCGCAAGGCCCACGCCGGGGAGCACCGCAGGCCCGUCAAGCGAGGCCCGAGGCGGCUGUCCGAGGAGCUGCCAGCUCAGCCCAGGCAGGCGGCCGAGAGCCUGGAGCCGCCCAUUGCCAGCAGGAGCACAAGUGUGGAUGGUGAGACUCCAGAGGGCGGAGGCAGCCCAGAUCAGGAGGGUGAGCCGGAGGGUGCAGGAGGGCACGACAGCGAGCAGAGUGUGGGCGAGCAGCUCGAGCUGAAGAAAGCCUCGACAAACGGCUCCAAAGCCGACAAGAGGAAGAAGGUUUGCAGCGUGUGCAACAAGAGGUUCUGGUCCCUGCAGGACCUGACCCGUCACAUGAGGUCACACACAGGGGAGAGGCCCUACAAGUGCUUGACCUGCGAGAGGACCUUCACGUUGAAGCAUAGCCUCGUCCGCCACCAACGCAUCCACCAGAAGGACACGGUGGUGGGCAAAAGGCAGCCGGAGGUGAAUGACGACGAGCUGUCGAAGGGUGGUGAUGAGAGUGAGAGUGAGGGCGAGAAGGCAGCCUACAGCCAGGUGUCCGACAACGAGAGUGAUGUCAUCCCCAGCAUGGGCAUCGGCAGCAGUUCUCCACCUCCCGUGAGCCUGGCGGGCAGCCUACUCCGGGGGGCGGCAAGCCGCUCGCCCGCUGACCGCGACGGCACGCUCCAAGCAGUGGUCAACGGCGUACGGCAGGGAACAUUCCUCAUUCAGGGCGGCGACCAGGAGCCGAUAAAGAGCUCAGAGAAGGUGUUGGUGGGCUCGCCGGGCCCCACGGACAUCAUUCAGAACCUGCUGGGGAUGCACGGUGAUUUGCCGAUGAACCACGUGCGCAGCUCGGCAGAGUCCACUCCCCGCCUGCUGGGUGUGGAGUAGCCCUGCUCGGGAAGGACCCCGCCUUUGCUCUCUAGCCUAGUGGGCCUUUCUAUGUCUGACCCUCUGACACCAUUGCAGCACCAGGCAGGUGGGGGCACUGUCCUACCCCAUUGUGCGGAGGGCAGGGCUUUGUGAUUCACCUCUGGUGCUGCAGAAAGCCUUAAACACUGGAAAGUGAGGAAUCCAGUGCAGCUCUCACAAACUGUAUAUUGUACCUUCCAAGUGCCUUACUACCUGAUUACUGUGCACAUCACAAUUCUGUUAAAAAUUGCUCGAACAUUCAAUAAAACUAAACACAUGGGCAGCAGCCUCCCGAGAAAGAUCCUGGAGCAUGAAAUCUCUGAGAAUGCAAUUUUUAGAAAUCUGGUUUUAAACAUCCUAGUUAUGGGGCAUCCUAAUGCACUUGGAUAAACUACACACGGACUCCUGUUGAGGAACUACUGAACUAAGUCUUCCAUUAGGGCCUUACAGUGAACAAUCACAUCGACAGUAGUUCAUCAUCCAUAAUGUAACAAACAUAGGGAAAAAUAGCAAAUAUUGCAUUCUUUACUUUGGGCAAAGCAAACACCACUUGGUUCUUCAUUUAUGACAGUCUUGUUGAGUGAUUGGGUCUUUAAGAUGUAGUUUGAGAUGGUGGAAUUGAAUGGCUGUAAUAACUUGCACAGAAUCCACUCAUUCUGACUGUGCAUUGGGCUGCUCAAGGAAAUUACACCCAAGGUGAAAUGAAGUAGGAGUGGAGUUUUUUUUUGGUAAAUCUUGUAUCAGUAUAACAUUCAAUACAAUUUUUAAUGAGUCUGCUCAGUAUUUUUAACACCACCCCCUCACCCUUGCCCCGUUGUUCUGGUGGGGACAAGCCAUUAAUUGACUCUAUAAUUCAGAACAGUAGCAACAGAAACCAAUCUCCCAGUGUCAGGCAGAGUGUGUUCUAGCAAUAAUCACGAUUGAUUUCAAGCUUUAUGUAGUAUUUGUCUGCACGAAUAGUCUUUAUAUGGCCUUGCCACAUUUUAUUGAUAUUUCUGUUAGUGGAUAUUGAUGUUUGAUUGAGGUAUCUGUUAACCUUCUUUUCAAAAACUGUGAAAAGGAAAGAAUCCUUUUGUGCUGAAUUCUGGGUGAAUCUUAGACUAGAUUGCAUGUUGGAACUAAUUUGUCUCAGUUAUUUGUAAAUUUCACUGUCGCUCUCAGGGCUUUUAAAUAUGAUUUCAUAUACUAAAUCCAUUUUCUAGUGUUCCAGAUUUUUUCCACUUUAAGGACUUGAAGCUGAGAGACAAGUCAAUCACUACAUGAAGCACUUGAUGGUGAAAGAAAGAAUUAGGAGUGGUUUACAGCUCGAUUAGACAAAAGAGGGAAAAGUCACUUCACUGCACCAUGAUUAAAAAGCUUUUUAUUAUCAGAAGUCUAGUGAAUUUUUGUCUAUUUUCAGAAGGAAAAACUUUAAUGGGGGAAAUAAAAUAAUAAAAAUGUAAUGCAUUAAUCCAGAAAAUGUUUUUUUAAAUCCAGAAUCCAUUUGUUUUUGUAAAGGGAAUCUUUACUGCUGCUAAAUGUUAUGUACACAUCUGGGUUAUGCUACAUGAACAGAGAAUCACAGAGUUUUGGUACUUAACUUCCAAUGCAAAAUUUAUAGCUGUUCUGUAUCAAACCAUUUAAGCAAUAAAACGUUAUACUUA